AUGUCGCAGAACGAGCAGCAUGCCCCCGGGGGGCACUACUCCGGGCGCAAUCGAAUCCCGAACAUUCAACAAUUCGUCGAAAGCCUCGACCGCGACAAGAAGGAACGAGAUGCUCAGAUUGACGCCGGAGUACAGCCAAAUGGGCAGAACGGUGGCGUCAAAGAGCACAAGGUCGAGCCGAAGAAGAAGGGCCGCAUUGUGACCGACCCGGUCACUGGGAAGGAGGUUGAAAUCACGGACGUCAACCUCGAUUCCAAGGAUGCUGUCGAGAAUCCUCUCCUAUCUGUGCCCAAUGCCAACCUCGGCAAGGACACGACCGUCAAGACGGAGGCCACACAGUCUGGCGAGGAAUACAGGUACAACCAGGAUGUGACUGCACCGCCAGAUCCAGUUGCUACGGGGUCUACCUCAGAUGUUCCUAUUCAUGGCGAGAAAACCAAUGUCCUGUUCCAUCCGACGCCAUCUGUCAGCUACGAGCCCAUGUUCGCUGUUAUCGAACAGAAAGCGACAAUCCUUUGCGCCGGCAUUUUCUUUGGUAUCAUCCUUGUUGGCAAGUUCUUUGGCGGGAGGCUACUCGGGCUGAUUCCUCUUGCUAUCUGCGUCGCUUCUGGAGUAUUCCUAUGGAUGAAAGACCUCGUUAGACAAGGUCGAGAUAUCGAAUGGUCCAGCGAACAGAAGCGCGGCGAGAUGGCCACUGUGAACCUAAUUCCGGAAUCAGUAGAGUGGAUGAAUACCUUGCUGGGCAUUAUUUGGGGUCUAAUAAACCCCGAUAUGUUCGCGGCUGUGGCUGACACGCUCGAAGAUGUCAUGCAAGCUUCAGUUCCUGGUGUUAUUGAGAACGUCAAGGUAGCCGACAUCUCACAAGGAAACAACCCCAUUCGGAUUCUGAGUAUGCGCGCGCUACCUGACGAGCAUAUGAAGGAUCUCAAAGAAGAGAUGCACAAGAACAACGAGAAGGUCAAGGAUCCGCAAGAACUCGCAGCCGAUGAAGAGGGAGGCGAUUACUACAACCUGGAGGUUUCCUUCGCCUACCACGCCAAGCCUAAUGGAGAGAGUGUCUCUGCCAAGGCCGCAAACAUGGGCAUGCAAUUGAUCUUCUAUCUUGGUAUCAAAGGACUUUUCGGCGUCCCACUUCCUAUCUGGGUCGAGCUCAUUGGCCUGGUUGGAACUGUCCGCAUACGAUUGCAGAUGACCCCGGAGCCUCCUUUCUUGAAGGCAGUCACAUUCACACUCAUGGGUGUUCCCAAAGUCCAAGCUGGUUGCACUCCAAUGAUUGAGCGGGGUGUCAACAUCUUGAACCUGCCGGUGAUCUCGAACUUCGUCAACUGGGCUAUCAAGACGGCUGCGAACAUGUACGUUGCUCCCAAGAGCAUGACUCUGGAUCUUGGCAAGAUGCUCCAAGGAGACGAUAUCCAGAAAGAGACAGAAGCUCUGGGCAUUAUCUUUAUUCGCAUUCACAAGGCGACCGGACUGUCAAAGCAGGACCGCCGUGGCUCCGAAGGCGGUGGCAGCGACCCGUACAUCACAGUCAGUUUCUCCAAAUUUGGAAAGCCCAUGUACUGCACGCGUGUUAUCCAGGAUGACCUCAACCCCGUCUUUGAGGAGACCUGUGCCCUUAUGGUCACUGCAGACCUCAUCAAGGCCGACGAGCAGCUUUCCAUGGAACUGUGGGAUAGUGAUCGUUCCAGUGCGGAUGACGUUGUUGGCAAGGUCGAACUUUCGAUGCAGAAGCUCAUCCAGCACCCUGGCAAGAUGUACCAGCAGAUCUCAAAGCUUGCUGGUGUCAAGGCUGAAUCUGAGAUGCCGGGCGAACUCCACUGGGAAGUUGGCUUCUUUGGCAAGACUCAGUUCCGUGCGGCACUUCGAACUGACGGUAAGGACCUCAACCUUCCAAAGGAGCUCCGUGAUAAGAAGGAGCUGCAAGACAACAAGGGUGCCAUCGACAACGCCGAGGAAGAUGCUGUGACCCACACUCCACCUGAUCCCCUCUGGCCAACUGGCAUCCUCUCUAUUAUUGUCCACCAAAUUGUCAACCUUGAGAUGGCGAAUACACAAGGCAGUGAGGGCGGCAAAAGGAAGGGCGGUAAAGAGUAUGAGCCUGCUCGUGACGCUGGUGAGAUCAAGGAGGAGUCCAGCAAGAGAUUGCCAAGUGCGUACUGCACCAUGUUGCUCAAUGACGAGCUGGUGUACAAGACCAGAACCAAGGUGGUCUCGUCAAAGCCUAUCUUCAAUGCUGGAACUGAGCGAUUUGUUCGGGACUGGAGGUCAGCUAUCGUCACUGUUACAGUGCGUGAUUCUAAACACAGACAACACGACCCCAUUAUUGGUGUCGUACCCCUGAAGCUGUCCGAUAUUCUCCAGACCUCAAGUCAGUCAACCAGAUGGUACCCUCUUGAUGGUGGCAUCGGCUUUGGUCGCGUCCGCAUCUCCCUACUCUUCAGAUCUGUCGAGUUGAAACUGCCCCCUCAGCAGCUUGGAUGGGAUGUUGGCACCUUCGAAUUCACCUCUGACACGAUCACAUCAACUUAUGCGGAUAAGAACAAGCUUAAGUUGAAGUUGCGAACCGGCGGUAGUUCUGGCGUCGUUAAGCGCGAGCAAUGCACAGCCGAGGCAGGUCAACUUGUAUGGAACAUCAGUGGGAAAGAAAAGCAAAUCCGGCCUCGUCUACCGGUGCGGUACCGAUACAGAUCUCCCAUCUUCUUCGAGUUCCACGCAAGUCAAAAGCGAAAUGCGGAAGCCUACGCCGCUCUUUGGCUGCUGGAACUCGUUGAUGGCGAGGAGAAGGACUUCGACAUACCCAUCUGGCGUUGCAACAACGACACGCGCCUGUCGCAGAACUACAUCACUGAGGAGAACUUCAAGAGCAUCCCUGAUAUUGAUGUGCAAGAAAUUGGUCGGCUUCGCUUCCGCGGCCGCUUCAAGGCCGGAACUGACCGUGAUCACCUGCGCUUUGUGUCCGACAACGACUCGCGAGAGACGAUUGAAACUUGGGAAGCUUGCUUCUCCGAGGGUGUUCGGCAGGAAGAAGUAACCAAAGAGGUUCCUCCCGUGAUCCAGAAGCUGCACGACGACUCGUUGACUCAGGGUCGCGAUAUCCUGGCUAGUGCUUCCCCCGAGGAGAAGGAGAAGUGGCUGGCCAAGGACGGCACCGACUGGAGCGGUGCGUUCGGCAAGGACCCCGCCGCCAUCAUGAACGGCAGCGUCCACCAGGCCGACGGGGACUCCGAGGACCAGUACGAGUCGGACGAUGACUCGGAGGAGCUCAGCAGCAUGGGUUCGCCCAACCGACUGCGGCACCCGGAUACGGACCUGGGCAUUGUGGACGGAGCCACGAGCAGCAGCGGGCCCAGCGAGCCGCGCAAGAGCGCCGACACGGGCGUGACGCACGCCACGUCGGGCAGCGCCAACUCGCAGGCCAGCAAGAGCAGCAAGAACCCCAUCAAGCAGUACAAGGAGUACAAGUCCAAGAGCCGCGACCUGCACCGCCAGCACCGUGGCCUGAUGCAGUGGCGGCCCAUGCGCAACAUCCAGUUCGCUAAGGAUGAGGCCAAGUACGCGGUGCGCCGUGUCACCAAGCUGGGCGCCCUAGACGGCAGACAGCCGGACGUCGAGACUGAGGUUUAG